AUGCCACGGACCGCCCCAGUUGCUGCUGUCAACCAUGACUCCCCGCUGUCACCCGAGAAGGAGGAGAAUUCACCGACACCUCCCAAGGGGUUGACGAGUCAUCGCACAAGUAUAGCUUGGAGUUGGGUGGUCGUCACACUUCCUAUAACUGCACUUACGAUCGUCUUUCUCGUCAUGGUCUUUCAAUAUCGAGUGACUCCCGAUGACAGUCCGUUCGCAAACCUCCACUUCCCUUCUACAAGCAAUGAAAACAACGCCAUUUUUGUCGACCUGAAUUCCAGUGUAAUAUUAUUUAUCGCUUCGUGGGCCAGCUCUCUUGCUCCAAUGUUGUCCGGUUUCCUUAUGGCUCUAGCUUCGUUUCCCAUCGCGCGCCAGCUAUCGAACAAUAUUCGCAACGGUCGCACGGAUUCUCUACCCACCCCAUACCAACUGGGAUUGACGCUCAAGUUUCUGGACGGAAGCGCUCUCGGAGCGAUUUGGAGUUGGAUGAUCUAUGUUGUUUCAUGGAGGAAAACGCGUCAACCGCAAACGCCACUCCUGGUUACGACAUCUAACAUUGCUAUACUCGCUACGAUUCUUGGCCUUUUGGUCUCCGCGGCAGACACUUGGCUCCAUUUGACCACCACAACAGUAUCAUUCACACAGGUAUCGGCUGUUUCCAGCCCGACGGACUAUAGUUUCGGUAUAACCCCACGAUGUCUCACGAGCAAUAAUUCCGUCGCAGCGCAAGUAGACGCCGCAAGUACUGGAUCAUUCUGCAGCAUAUCGAUUGCAGCAACGGGCGCUUUCUUUCGCGAUCCUACCAUUACGUACCAAGUUAUAAGCAACAGCUCUUCCGAGGCAGUGGUCUACACACACACAAAAUCCGAUGGAAAGGAAUACACAUAUUUUGGAAUUCCAUCUGCAGAAUUAGAUCCUACCCAUGACUUUACCGCGCACAGCUACGCCUCCGAAACCUCAUGCUCUCUCACCACACAACCCUGUCACGUCCGCACCGCCGUAUCAUCCAUCCGAUUCAACUGCAGCGCUGCCUUUGCCGGCUUUAUCGACAACCGAGAUCUACAAACCGCAUUCUACACAGACGAAAAACAGAACAACGUAACAGACACCCAUAACAAGGGCACGGGUAACCCGUACUACUUCUCGUUCGCCUCGGCUGAAAGCACAGGAGUCUCAACGGUACCAGGAGGCAGCGAAAACAAAGAUUUCGUAAUGAGCCAGAGCGGCGCCCUGACUUUUACCCUCGGAUGCAGGAGUACCGUAUACGAUGUUGAAUACGACCAGGUCAACGGAAGUAUCACACGCUUCGACACAAAACUCAGCAACACCUCCGUCAGCAAUAUUUGGCAGACAACCGUUGCAAAUUACCCGGGGGACUGGGAUCUUCCUGUGAAACAGGCAAUGACGGCCGCAUUCUACUCGACUAAUUCCAGCCAGGAGUUUGCGGACAUGGUUGCGUUAUCUUACGGCAAGUCGAGCAUGGCGCUGGGCGCACAGGGGAUUGAGCCGAGGCCAGCUCUCGCCGUGCAAAGGCGGAACACGACACUGGUUGCAAGACUUCCGAUAGCACCCCUGAUUGCUCUUGUAGCGGUUUGUCUGCUGUUUGUCGUGGUUGGUUUGCUGCUCACGGGGCUGGCAAUAUGGGCGGCGAGGUUUGAAGAGGUCCGCAAUAUACAAGCAAGCCUUGGAAUCGUUGGGUUGGUGGCGGAUCGCUUUGAAAAGGACGAUCUCAAGAAGCAGGCUACUGAUACCGAUGGCUUCUUUGCCGAGUAUGUUGGUCACUCGGGCCGGCGGGUUGCGAUUGAGAAGUAUACGGAGACGGAUAGUACAUAUAGGUACACCACCUGGCAGAGCGCAGGCAUCUCGAAUUUUGGCAGUAAACCCCCCCAGCAGGUAGGAUCUGACCUUGAAUAG